ACUGCGGGUCGGCGAGGUUGUUUAGCGUCUUCACGUUUGAAGAAAAACAGAAAUGUUGAAGAGCCAGUCCGUGGUGUACAUAAGGAGCGCGACGGCAGGUCUUUUUAUCAAAGCUGUUGUGGACUCCUAACUAGCCUGGCAGUGUCAUGUAGAUGCUGGAUCACACAAAAUGGGGAAUUUUAAAGGAGGAAUGCCAGUUCCUGAGCAGAGCCCAGUGAUGGAGGAGGGGCUUCUGCUGACCACCCGUAGCCGUACAACUGGCCGCAGCAUGGAGGCGAACAACACGGCCAACAAUAUCCUGGCGUCCGUGAAAGAACAGGAGCUCCAGUUUGAGCGGCUAACUCGGGAGCUGGAGGUGGAGAGGCAGAUUGUGGCCAAUCAGCUGGAAAGAUGCAGACUUGGGGCAGAGUCGCCUGGUGCCGGAAGCAGCAGCUCAUCUGAGAAGUCCCUGUCUUGGAGAACUGCAGAUGCUCCCGCCCCAGGGGACCACAAGUCACAGAUGACUGACAGCUCCCAGUCUCCAAGCUACCGCAUCAGGAUUGAGUCAGAGCAGGUGUCUCUGUACUCCCCGGAGCAGGCCUCCCUCCAUGAAAGUGAGGGAUCCACAGGGAACUCACGUAGCUCAACUUUGAUGAAUUCGUACUCAGACAGCGGCUACCAGGAUGCUACCAGUGGCUACCACAGCAGCCAGAAUGUGGUCAAAUCCGAGCUGAGGAUACAGCACUCCUUCCCUGGGGCGGGCACAAGCACACCAAUGAGAAAUACCAGGGCGGAGGGGCAGACAUCAGCCCAGGUCCCAGCUGUGAGUGGAGCAGUGCCUGGCCGUGCGAUGCGGAGAGUAAGCUCAGUGCCUUCUCGCUCUCAUUCUCCAGCCCAUGUCAGCAGCAUCUCCCCCUCCCGCGGCUCCCUGCGUGCCUCAGCUGGCAGUGCCUAUGGCUCUCCUAUUGUCACAGAACCCAAACCCCUCUCCUGCAUCUUCUCCACCACCUUGCCCUCCGCUCAGCGUACAAGUGCUGGUGGCAGUGGCUCACCCCUCUCCACCCAAAAAAACUCCCCUGCUGCUCUGCGACGUGUCGGUUCCACAAACUCUCGAGCGGGUAGCACUAGUCGCACGACAUCGCCCUAUCAGGCCUCUGUGGCGUCGUCGUCGGGCCGCAUGGGCUCGCCUCUAUCGCUCGUGGACAACUCUCAGGUGACGAAGCAGCCCGGUCACUCGUCUCCUGUCAGAGCAAGUAUGGUCGCGGUUCCCCAGCACUACAGCUCCACUCUGCCUCGUUCCAUCAUCCACAACACCGACCCCUACAGGGCACAGAUGUACGACGUUUACGAGAGGAGGACGCGACCAGACAGCCUCACAGAUGCCUUGGCGGAUGAUGACGUUCAAGGGACACGGAACACAUAUGCCAGUCAACACAACCAGUUGGGCCAGGACUUGAGGUCCACCAUUUCCCCAGAGCGUCACAUUGCACCUAUCUUUGAGGACCGCAUGUUCCAGGCUCCGUUAUACUUGAGCCCUAGCCACACUCAACAGGGGACCAUCUGCAGGAGUGCCUCAGGUGUGGGGAGUCUCCAGCGGACGUCCAGUCAGCGCAGUGCCAUGACCUACCAAAGAAACAACUUGGCUCUUAACGCGGCAGCCACCUAUGCGGAUCCUUAUCGCUCAGCGCAGUACCGGCCCUGCGACUCCAACUACAGUCGCCAAGCUGCUGUCGUGGACGAUGCCACACGCUCGCCAUCAAUAGACAGCAUCCAGAAGGAUCCCAGAGAGUUUGCAUGGCGUGACCCAGAGCUGACAGAGGUGAUUCACAUGCUGCAGCACCACUUCCCCUCAGUGCAGGCCAAUGCAGCUGCCUACCUUCAACACCUUUGCUUUGGUGAUAACAGAACCAAGGCUGAGGUGUGUAGGCUCGGCGGCGUCAAACACCUGGUGGACUUGCUAGACCACAAAGUCCUUGAGGUCCAGAGAAACUCCUGUGGAGCUCUGAGGAACCUUGUUUAUGGUAAAGUGAUGGAUGACAACAAGAUCGCUCUGAGGAAUGCAGGAGGCAUCCCGGCUUUGCUUCGACUACUGAGAAAGACUGUGGACGCGGAGGUGCGCGAGCUCGUGACGGGGGUGCUGUGGAACCUGUCGUCGUGCGACGCCGUCAAGAUGACAAUCAUUCACGACGCCUUAACCACCCUGACCAACACUGUGAUCAUCCCCCAUUCUGGAUGGAGCAGCUCCACCUUUGAAGAGGACCACAAGCUCAAAUUCCACUCAUCGCUGGUGCUGAGGAACACCACAGGUUGUUUGAGGAACCUGAGCUCAGCUGGGGAGGAGGCCAGAAAACAGAUGCGCACCUGUGAGGGCCUGGUUGACUCACUCCUCUACGUCAUCAAAGCCUGCGUAAACACUUCGGACUUCGACAGCAAGAUAGUGGAGAACUGCAUUUGCACGCUGAGGAACCUGUCCUAUCGGCUGGAGCUGGAGCUGCCGCCAUCUCGACUGAUAGGGGUGCAGGAGGUAGACGGCCUUCUGGGUAGCGAAUCGCCCUGCAAAGAGGUGACCUCCAGCUGCUGGGGAAGGAAGAAGAAGAAGAAAAAAAAGAACUCCCAAGAAGACACUUGGGACGGUGUGGGGCCGAUCCCGGGCUUCUCCAAGCCACCCACGGGUGCUGAAAUGCUGUGGCACCCUGCAGUGGUUAAGCCUUACUUGACACUACUAGCUGAGAGCUCAAAUCCUUCUACCCUGGAGGGUGCUGCUGGGUCACUUCAGAACCUUUCAGCAGGCAACUGGAAGUUUGCAGCCUACAUCCGUGCCGCAGUGCGUAAGGAGAAAGGACUGCCUAUCCUAGUGGAGCUGCUGCGAAUGGAUAACGACCGGGUGGUUUGUUCUGUGGCCACUGCACUGAGAAACAUGGCACUAGACGUCCGGAACAAAGAGCUCAUAGGGAAAUACGCCAUGAGAGACCUGGUCAACCGCCUCCCCGGAGGCAACACCACCUUGCUGUCAGACGAGACGGUGGCAGCCAUCUGUUGCACCCUGCACGAGGUCACCAGCAGAAACAUGGAGAACGCCAAAGCCCUGGCGGACACGGGCGGCAUCGAGAAGCUGGUCAACAUCACCAAAGGAAGAGGAGACAGAUUUUCUCUGAAAGUGGUCAAGGCAGCUGCUCAAGUGCUGAACACACUAUGGCAGUAUCGAGAUCUACGGGCUAUCUACAAGAAAAACGGAUGGACCCAGAACCAUUUCCUCACUCCUGUGUCAACGCUUGAACGGGACAGGUUCAAGUCGCAGCCUACCCUCCCCACUAGCAGUAUUCAGAUGUCCCCCCUCAACCACCCUGCUGCCAGCACCAUGUCCUCUCCUGCAAUGCUGGCCAUUCAAGAUCACAGAGACACUAUCCGAGAUUAUCAGCGAGCACAGUCAACUAUGCAAUUUUAUAAUUACCAAGUGGACAACAGUAUUCACAAAACACAGUAUACAGGGUCUGGAAAGCCUUCUCCAUAUUAUUAUCCAUCGCCCACUCGGGAGGAGCCCAGAAGAACACAGCCUUUGUAUUAUGCAGACAAUGUGGGCCGGAGGAACUACGACCCGUACAGAAUGUAUGUGCAGCACCCGCACGGCUACGACGACCCCUACAUGGACGAGGUCAUCACGUACGCGCCCACCUUGGACUACAGCUCCCAGCCUCACGCACUGAAGGCCAGCACCAACUAUGUGGACAUUUACGCCAGCACGCGGAGACCCUCCUACCGGGCCGAGCAGUACCCCGGCUCCCCGGACUCUUGGGUGUAAAUGCGAUGGCGGCCCACCUGUCGGGAGCACACAAAGAAAGAACACUUCUCAUGAAAUGGCCGUGUGUGUGUUUUAAAGUGAGAUUGUGUGUGUGUAUGUGUGUGUGUGUGUGUGUACGUAGGGGAGUUGACCUGGCAGAGGGAAUCAUGGAAUGUGUGCCAAUCGAAGGAAAUUGGGGAAUGUUCUUCAACUAGUUAAAGGAGAAAAAAAAUCACGCUGAGAGACAAAACUGGACAUGAUUGCCAGUCCUGCUUUGUUUAGAUGUUAGAUUUGAUUUUUUUUUUUGUAGCUUGUACUAGUGCAGCGAGGGCGUGAGUCAUGUGAUGAGAGGAUCUACGGGAAGAGUCAAAGAUGGAGAUUGUGUAUGUGUUGAAGCCAAAAUGGACCACGAACUUAGUAAAAAAAAAAAAAGAAAAAAGUAUAAGGUGAAAUUGUACAGGCUGUUGUACAGAAAGAUGAAAGUAUGACUUGUACUUGCUGUUGUACCGCUGUCUUUGCUUUUCUUGUAAAUAGAGAAAAAGAAACAUGUUACCUGGUUUACACUCAUCUGCACUGCUAAAACAAUGACUUUGUGCCAUAUUAAAGCUCUAGAAAUAUAUAAUUAUAAAGAAAACAAUGGUAUCAUACAUCAUAAAAUCAUGAUCAAAUAAUAAAAUGACACUUUUGUUUUUUAAACUCU